AUCUUACAGCUCUUCACACAUCCCAUUCCCGCCGCCUCGUCUUUCUCUUCAGACCCAAGCCCUUUCGUUCCGACUGACCAGCAAAUUUAAUGUAAUUUUUGUAGCCCUAAACUUAAUCUUCUGCUCUCUGCCUCUGCCUCUGCCUCUGCCUCUGCGUCUCAUACUCUUGCUCUUGGUUGUUUUUUUAUUCGUUAGACUGCUAUUUGUGGCCUUGAACCGUUUCUAGUGGUGUGAUGUUUGGUCACACCGCCGCAACUGCGUAAUAGAGGCCGUGAGACAUCAUUAGGCCACUACUAUUUGAAACACUGCUUAGAAUAUGAUAUGGAGAUGCCGCUGGGGCUUCCUGCCUUCAACACCAGCAACCGCUAUCUUCGCAUCAUUUCGUUUGAUAUCAGUUCGCCUUUUUUCAGCACCAGAGGUAAGUUCAACCGAUAAAAGUCAAGCAUUUUCUGGUGAAAAAAAGACACUUAUUAUUAAUCCUCAAAUCGUUCACUCUACUCUACUCAACUGCCCUUCUAAUUUGAUUGCCUUGAGCUUUUUCUUAUGGUGUGCUAAGCAACCCAAUUAUUUUCAUGAUGUUCAAGCGUUUGAUUGUAUGGUUAAUGUUGUCUCCCAGUUAACUAAAAAGUAUCUAACUGUGAGAAGAAUUGUUGGGGAAUUGGAAAAUAUUGGUUGUGUGAUAAAGCCACAAACUUUCUUGCUUUUGUUGAGGAUUUAUUGGCGUAGUGCAUUAUAUGGAAUGGUUUUUGAGACUUUCCACGAAAUGGCCGCUUUUGGUUUUACUCCUAAUACAUUUGCACGUAAUGUGGUCAUGGAUGUUUUGUAUAGAAUUGGUCAUGUUGAUAAAGCUAUCAAGGUUUUGAAUGAUACCCACUUUCCCAAUUUCUUGACCUUUAAUAUUGCUUUGUGUAAUUUAUGCAAGUUGAGUGAUUUGUCUAACAUUUCAUAUGUUAGUAGAAGAAUGAUCCAGCUGGGAUAUUAUCCUAAUGUUAAGACAUUUGAGAUGAUCUUGAAUUGUUUCUGUAAAAUGGGUAGGCUAGCAGAGGCAUAUCAAGUGUUAGGCUUGAUGAUUACGCUUGGAGCUUCUGUAUCGAUGAAUGUUUGGAGUAUAUUGAUUGAUGGGUUUUGUCGGUUGCAUCAACCUGGUUUGGCUUAUGCUUUGUUUAAAAAGAUGCUUCGGACUGGUUGCUCACCUAAUCUGGUGAUUUACACUAGUUUGAUCAAGGGAUUCUUGGAUUCCAGAAUGGUCAAUUCUGCUUCUAGCAUUCUAAAUAGACUGGAAUGUGAUGGAUAUGUUCCUGACUUGGUUCUCUGUAAUGUAUUAAUAGAUUGUUUAUCUAAGGUUGGGAGGUAUGAUGAUGCAUUUGGUAUUUUUCUGAGCUUGUCUGACAGAAAUCUGGUACCUGAUUCUUAUACAUUUUGCUCUUUGUUAUCCAACAUAUGUUUGUCCCGGAGGUUUUCUCUUUUACCCAAUAUAGCUAGUGGACUUGCAAUAGAAGGGGACCUAAUGGUCUGUAAUUCCCUACUUAACUACUUUUGCAAGGCUGGCUAUCCAUUGCAUGCUGUACAGUUAUAUGAUUACAUGCUUGCUAGAGGUUUAACACCUGACAAGUAUAGUUUUGUUGGAUUACUUAGCGGGCUAUGUGGAGCAGGAAGAUUUGAUGAAGCUGUUAAUGUUUAUCAAGCACUAAUACGGUAUUACCCUGGUCUUGAUGCUCAUGUCCAUACUGUUAUUGUAGAUAGGCUCAUAAGAGUUGGUAAAUAUCACAGAGCCUUCAGAUUGUUUAGGAGGGCACUUGAAGAGAAAUACCCUCUAGAUGUUGUAUCAUACAAUUUUGCCAUCUAUGGACUUUUUAAGAGUGGAAGGAUAUAUGAAGCCUAUACACUGUACAGCCAGAUGAAGGAAGUUGGUGUUUUUCCUAAUGCACACACAUAUAAUUUGGUCAUCUCUGGUUUCUGUAAGGGAAGAGAUCUCAAAAUGGUCAAACAGUUGAUGCAAGAAAUCAGCAAGACAGAAGUUGAGUUGGACCAUCAUACGAUAAACAGUGUUAUUAAACUGUUGUUCAGAUCUUAUCCAUAUCCUUCAGACCUCAAUCAAUUAAUUGAGAUGUGUAAAUCAGGUUUGAUACCUGACGAGGCAAUGUAUGCACAAUUCUCCAAGGGGCUUGCAUCUGGAAUAAAUAUCGGUCAUGCUCAGCACUCACUCAUGAGGGAUCAACUAUUGGUGGACCCAUCUAGCUCUGAUGAUAUUCCUGAUGUGGCUGCUUCUGUGGGCUGAGCUGUUGUCGGUGAAUAAGUCAUCUCAUAUCUCAGUGGACAGAGCAGCUGUGCUUUAAUUCAAUGCAGCUGUGCUUACCAGCAGAAUGUAGUCGUAACUUCAAAGGAAAGACAGCAGAGGGAAAGAUGAAUUGAUAAAUAAAUCAAGGACUAAUUGCUGUGUGUGGAUAUUUAGGGGAUACUGCUGAAUCACUCUGUGUGGAACUCCUCUUUGAGAUGUUGAGAGAUAGUGUCUCGAGGAAACAGUUAAUUUGUGGAUGGUUAGUGAUAGUGAAAAUUGUCUGCUUUGAUGUUUAUUCCUCAAUAUUGAUUUGUUAUGUAAUUCCAGCCAGAUUGAGAUCCCAGCUAUUAUUUGAGAGCCCACCUACACCCAAACUUCUGAAUUCCAGUAGCUCAUUGGCUGAAGAUGCCUCUAAAAUGGUUUCAGAAGUAGCUGCUGCUGCUUGCAGGCUUUGGUCCAUUGAAAGAUGAGAAUCAUAUUGGUAAAGGUAUGGAGAAGAUAAUACCAUCAUCUAGGAAUAAAGAGAACACCCACCCACAGAUUGAAAAUCUCUGCCAAGAAUUGGGCAAAAGAAACAACUUCAGUAGGAUUAUUCUCUCAAAAUCUUUAUAGAACACCUUAGAUAUGAUUCUUUGUUAUUUUAUUGUUUUGUAUAUCCCUUACCCCUACACUGUCUUAAGGCCAGUUUUGCAUUACUUCUCAAAAAGUAUUUUUGGGACAAAAAGUACUUUUGAGAUAAAAACAUUGCUAAGCAAGAUACUUUUGAGCUUUACAAAAGUGUUUUUGGGACAAAAAAUGCUUUGCAAAUGCAGAAGUAGAAAAUUUUAGCUUUUGCUCGAAAGUAUUUUUUAAUCGAAAAAUGCUUUUGAAAAGCAAUGCUAAACUGGUCCUUAAUUUUGGAUUGGUGAUGAUAAUCUUUGUUCCCAAGGAAAGUCAUUAUCAAGAUGGAAGAAUGAACAAUAAGAGAGAGAUAAGGCAAGCUGUAGUCAUUGUUAUUCAGAGUAUUAUAUUUCUAAAUUAUCAUUGUAAAUACUUUUAUUAUAAGUUAUAAUUUAAUUUCAUUAACAUUUUUAUUAA